CCAGCACAGAUGAUUCUUCCAGCCCUUCUCCCCUCGACGUUUGACACUUCAUUGCGCUCUCAGGCGGCUUAUUUAGAGCUAAGACAUUGCGUGUAAUAUGUUUGAUUCCGAUAAUCCUCCGUCUAGGGUGCCCAGUCUUGUCUGUUAUUGUCAACGUGUCGCUUCAUCUUACGUAGAUUCAAUCAGUAGUCUUGGCGAAGAAACACGGUUUGAACUAAUACAACCGGUACUAGAAAGUUGUACUGCAGAUACGUUGCUGCGUCUUGAGCAAGCCUCUCCGUAUCUCGAAGAUGACACGCAGGAUCUAUGGAAGCAUCUAUGUCUCAAGACAUAUCCUAUGUUUAAAGAGCAGUGGACUUCCGGCGGCGCCCAGGACCUUGGUUCUUGGCGGGAUCAGUUUUUCAUAUUACGCGCGGCCGAGGCUGAACGGCUCGAGAAAGUUGGCAACAAGCUUCGUAAUCAACGACUCGAAGAAGCCGAACGCAAGAGGGAACGUGAAAUCAAGCUCACCGAUAGGGUACCGCCACCAAAGAGGGCGCGCAUCGGCGGCUGGGGCGCACCUGCUCCAACAAAGACCUUGUUCCAGAAGACCAAGACCCACGCAUCGAAGAUUCAGCGCAACAUGUACAAUGCUCGAAUUCUCCCUGCAGCACCUCAAUCCAAGACCUUCAAACCACUUACAAGUACACCUCUUCUCAAGCCUCCAGCAACGUCAUCCGCGACGACGUAUGGAAGCCGUGUCACGGUGAAGACCGUGGCUUACCGGAAAUCUGUCCCGUCGCCUGGUUCUGCAUCAAAGCACUCACAAUCACCCGUGGCGGAUACUGCUUCAGUUACACCCACAAAGUCUCAGCCUCAGUCCUUGUCUAUGUCACCACCCUGCGAAGCGCGACCGCUGAAACCGCCGGCAGCUACGAAGAAGGAUCCAAUGGCAGCCCUUUUCAUGCCCAAGCACAAGGCACUCUCACAGCUACCUUCACAGGCCCGUAAGUUAUCUACUUCAUAACACUUCUUCGCAAUGGCAAUUGUCGAAAUCGCUCCAUUUUUUGAGGUAAUUCACAUCAAUGUACCACCGUUAC